AUGGAAGAGGCUUUGAAGUCACUACUGCACCGGUCCAGAAACGAGCUGGCCAAGGUCGACAAAAACCUAAAGAUCGAAAAUGCUAAACUGCCGAAAAAGCCUCGAAUUGAAAAAAGGCCUCCAACGAGUGGAAUUCAAUUGCAUUUGUUCCAGAAUGGCUAUCAGCUGGUGCGUGGAGACUCAAAACAAUCAUCAUCCCUCAUUCCAUACUCCAAUAAAGACAUAUUAGACGAGGUCAGCGCGGGUCGAAUUCCGCUGAGCAUCACUAGUUGGUUAGAAUCCGAUAAGCUGCUAAUGAAAAACGGGGAGCUUGAACUCACUAUCGUCGAAAGAGGCUCCUCCGGAAACGUUCUUUCAACCGAAACGUUGACGCUUUACCAUUGUAACACUGCGCUAGAAUCGCAACAGAUCCUCAACGAAACCCGUCAGAUCUAUCGCUGGUCUGACAAGGACCGUCUUAUUUUAGAUUCGUGCCUAUCGCUAGCAACAAGCGAUCCGCUAUGCUUAGAGCCAGAUCCAAUCGUCCAUCUCAUCCAAAAUCGUGCCAGUAGAAAUCCGUUUCAAGCCGAAAACUCUUCUUUUAACUGUCGUCGCCCGUCGUUAUCAGCAACGUCCACCAGUGUACCUCCAAUUGACCGUUCUUCCAUUCACCCCGGUGUCAAAACAAAUCACGACAGGCAAAACAACAAGCAACAUCAAGUAGCAAAAGCUUCUCCAGAGACUUCUACUCAACCAACUCCUCCUCUUCCAGAUGUCCCUAUUGUCAAAAUGCCCGCCAUAGUACCCUCCUCAAAUGUGUCUAUUCGCCGAGAGAUUCAAAUCAAGUCCCAGCUCGGACGGAGCAGUCAACUUGUCACUAUCGAGAUCAUCCGAGAUUCAAUUCUGUCUGGUUACACUGGCAAAGCACUUUGUCAGCAGCUAACGCCGACAGGAUGCCUCUCCCCAGGCUCAGUCGUAUCUCACGAGUUCGAAGCCGCCUCGCCCAGAGAAGCUGAACUUCUGGCUCAACAGUACGUGAUGCUGUACUGUAACAACAGCCCGAAAAAUGCGACGAUUACUGUCACGGAAGAUAGUAUGGCCGACGAAAGCGUUCCAGUUCCAGAGACCGAGCCACUCAACCUCGAAGAGGACUUGAAAAAGCUCGAGGACGAAAUCAACACCCUCAAGCAGGUCCUUUCAUCGAAAGAGCAACAAGCUUCUGAGCUGAGGAAAAAGCUCGGAAUCACGCCUCUUCAGCAGCUUCAAGCGAAGAUGGACGCCUUUGGAAAGUCCGAAACAGUGCAGAAGACUUCAGCUAAACUCAACGAAGUUGGCGAUGUUACUGGCAAGGCCUUGACCGACUUUGGUCAAUCGGUUUCCAGCAAAUUCUCCGAAAUGAAAUCGUCUCCUUCCUUCCAGUCCUUUGAGCAGAAGGUUGGUGGCUUCUUCGGUCGCAGCUCUACCACCACGUCUCCGCCUGCUGCCACUCCAACUGAGCCAGCAAAGGAAUUGUUUCAGCCAUAA